GCGGCUCGGAGAGGCGGAGCGGCCGCGCCCGGCACCUGCCCGCGCCGGCGCCGCGGCAGCCGCCCCGGCAGUGCCAUGCAGCCCUGAUGGAGCCCAACGCCUUCCCACAGCUGCAGCUCUGGUGCCCGCGGCCCUUCGGCACCUACAGCCAGAACAAGCCAUGCGCCGGCCCCGGCAGCGCCAAGAAACCCUUCAGCCCCUCCUGCCGCCACACCGAGAACACGCCACCCACCGGCACUGGCACCGGCACUGGCACCGGGACCUCACCGCCGGCCGCCGCGGCACCGCCGGCACCACCAACCCCAGCGUCGGAGGAGGGCCGGGUGCUGCUGGACACAUGGUACGUCAUCAAGCCCGGUAACACCAAGGAGAAGGUGGCUUUCUUCGUGGCGCACCAGUGCGGCGCCGGCGCCCGCGCCAGCACCAUGAAGGUGAAGGGCAACUGGGGCAGCGACAGCUCCAAAGCCAAGCGGCGCCGGCGCUGCCACGACCCCGGCAAGGCCAAGGCGAGCGCGGUGAGCACCGGCGAGGAGGCGGCUGAGGCGGCCGAGCUGGUGUCGGUGGCGGAGAUGGUGGCGCUGGUGGAGCAGCGCGCGGCGCUGGCGCUGCAGAGCUUCCCCCCGGUGCUGGUGGAGGCGCCGGGAGGCGAGGCCAAGGCCGCGAGCGCUGCCGACUGCAGCCGCGUGGCCGAAGCCGUCGCCCACUUCGAGUCGCGGCACCGCGACGGUGCCGCCAGACCCAACGGCUUGUGCCGGCCCGGCGCCGAAUGCACCGCGGCGGCGGCCUCGGCAGCGCCCGGGGAGGUCCGCAUCGCCUUCCGCAUCGCCAGCGGCCGCGAGCCCCGCGCCGGCCCCACCACCGCCGGCACCGAGCCCGGUGCUGCCGCCCGGCCCGGUUGUGUGUUUGUGAGCGGCGCCGGCGCCGGCGGCCGCGCCAAGGACAAGAUCACAUGUGACCUGUACCGUUUGAUCAGCCCCUCGCGGGAUGUGCUCCCCACCAACGUGGAGCUGCUCUUGGCUGCCGCCGGGCCCAAGGGGGACGGUGACGGUGAUGCCACGGCCGCGGCGCGCGGGGAGGGUUCGGCAUCACCGUCGGCCAAGGCGGACGCGUGCGAGGGCGCGGCGGAGGCGGCGCCGGGCCGGGAUUGCGCCGCCGGCUUCCACGUGGACGUGGUGGUCACCGGCGUCGUGGACCAAUGCGUGUUCUAUGGCAAGGACAGCGCCAAGCAAGUGACGGAGGAGACGGUGCGGCUGCCGGCGGCACCCAAGGACGAGCCCUCCCCGCCGCCGCCGCCGCCACCGGGGCAGCUCUUCCUGUUCCCCAUCGCCGACGAACCGGCGGCGGCGGCGCCGGAACCGGAGCCGGUGAGUGACCCGGCGCUGUGCCGGUUGUACCGCCACGUGUCCCACGACUUCCUGGAGAUCCGGUUCAAGAUCCAGCGCCUGCUGGAGCCGCGGCAGUACAUGCUGCUGCUGCCGGAGCACGUCAUGGUGAAGAUCUUCAGCUACCUGCCCACCCAGGCGCUGGCCGCCCUCAAGUGCUCCUGCCAUUACUUCAAGUCCCUCAUCGAGACCUUCGGCGUCCGCGCCACCGACUCGCGGUGGACGCGGGACCCCCUGUACCGCGACGACCCCUGCAAGCAGUGCCGCAAGCGCUACGAGAAGGGGGACGUGUCGCUGUGCCGCUGGCACCCCAAGCCCUACCACCACGACCUGCCCUACGGCCGCUCCUAUUGGAUGUGCUGCCGCCGGCCCGACAAGGAGGCGCCGGGAUGCCGCGUGGGGCUGCACGAUAACAAUUGGGUGCAUCCGGCGCCGCGGCGCGAGGAUGGGAGGUGAAGGGGG